AUGGCGGGUGAGAAUGGGAUUGAUGAUGGUGAUUCUCAAAAACUCCAGCCACUCCUUUCGGUUGAUGCGGACGGCGAGUGUAUGUGCUACAAGAAGACCUCAGAACUCGAACAGACCAUCGGCUGCAUCACCUGCGGUUUGCCGGGGCACUUGUACUGUCUGAGAGUGUUUCCCGAUACAGUCAGAGAAAUUGUGAAAUAUGUUUGUCGUGAUUGCUCCGACAAUGUCCUAAAAUGGAGCUCCGGCCUCGCUGGCCGUCAGCGACCUGGUUGCCAAAAUUAA